GGCAGAAGCCCUGAGCUAUAUAACAGGCUCACGAAUUGACGACGACCUCCUGAGAACAGCCGAGAAGAGCAGAAACAAACACUUGACUUCACAGCUCAUUCAGGACAGAACUGAAGUGUCUCAACGCAGGGAUGGCUUCACGAAUGGAAGACGUCAUGCGUCUGUGCUGUGAAAUAUCAGCCCAUGAUAAGAUCAAGGUGGCAGUGAAGAAGUCCACCAAAGGAGCGAUGGUGGUAGGAGGCUGUGCCUUGGUAGGCGGGCUGCUCGGCGGACCUCCAGGGAUUGCUGUUGGUGGAGUAUUCGGCGGUCUGCUGGGCGCCUGGCUGACCAGCGGUCAGUUCAGACCUCUGCCUCAGAUCCUGAAUGAGUUGACUUCCAACCAGCAACAGAUGCUCUACAUUUCCGUCAAGGCCGCCUUGGGCAACCUGGACUGGACGGACGCGGCCCAGCUCAUCGCCAUCGUGAUGGGCAACGCCACUCUCCAGCAGCAGGUCACCAAAGCGCUGCAUAACUUCAUCACAAAUAAACUCCGAGCAGAGGUGCGCUAUCAAGACUGAGUUCUGCUUAUGCACAUGGACUUUUUCAGGAUGAUCAGGCCUGCUGAGCACAAUCAGAGUCUUUACAACUUAUUUUUGUACUUAAUUAGAAAAAAGAAAAAAAACUGUGAAUCAUGGGUGUUUCACUUUCAUGACUGUGCCAAAUGGAGCUGUUAGCGUUCGCUAUCUUCAGACUGUCUAUCCUGACAGGUGGAAUGUAACUAAAUACAUACAAGUACUGCACUUAAGUACAAUUUUAAGG